UUCACAUCAAAUCUAACAUGAAUCAACCUAACCUGACAUGCGAGCAACCAGAGUCGAUCAGAUUCAAACCAACCGAAUCCGUCCUCAUCCUGAUUUUAGCCCAAUCAAACAUAAGGUUCAAUUAUUGGGGCUGAUAAAAUAAUGAACAAGAUUGAUUGGAUUAAGGAAACAAAAUCCCGAGCAGAGGAUAUAAAAAGUUUGGAUCAGUGUUGGAGGCUUCAUGUGUUGGAUUCCACCCAAAAUGACACAGUUGCAGUCCUAACCAAAUAUAUACAGAAACUUUUUUAAAAGCAAAGCAGUGUGAGUGAAAGGAAACAGGUUAUGUCAUAUGGUGGUAUGCGCAGCGUAAGGCGCAAAUAUUGGCCCUGAGACAAACAUUCAGAUCACCUGAAUAACAAAGAUAAGAUAAAAUUAAAAAUUUAAGAAAAUAAAAUAAACUUAAAUUAAAGAGACGUGAGGGAGCUUUCUCUCUUUCGGUCGACUUCCCCUCCUCCUCAACCUCAACCCUCUCUCUCUUUUUUUUUUUCCUUUUUUUUUUUAUUUUUGUAUCUUUCUUUUUCCCACCAUGCUGUGAAAGAGAUAGGACGUCAAAAGAUUAAAUUUUUAGGAGAAAGAUAGAGAGACAAGAGAUAGUUGUUGACCCUUUUUUGGGAUUCGUUUGGAAACAUAUUGAUUACAAGUAGAAAGAAGAAGAGGAUUCUCCUCGAUUUGGGUUCUAUUGGAUUCCGAUUCCUGGUGCGUAAUAACACAGUGGUAAUGGAAACAUCAGCAGCAACAACAACAACAACCAUGGAAGGAGAGAUUUUGAGCAAGUUUAAGAGGAUUUGCGUCUUCUGUGGAAGUAACUCUGGGUAUCGGAAGGUGUUCAGCGAUGCGGCUCUCGAUUUGGGUCACGAAUUGGUGAAGAGAAAGAUUGAGUUGGUUUAUGGUGGAGGGAGUGUGGGGUUGAUGGGUUUGAUCUCUCAAACUGUUCAUCAUGGAGGUUGCCAUGUACUUGGGGUAAUUCCCGCGGCCCUCAAGCCUCUAGAGAUAUCAGGUGAAAGCAUCGGGGAAGUAAAGACCGUUGCGGACAUGCAUGAACGGAAAGCCGAAAUGGCUCGACAAGCAGAUGCUUUUAUCGCUCUUCCAGGAGGAUUUGGAACGAUGGAAGAGGUACUAGAGAUGAUUACAUGGUCACAAUUAGGAAUUCAUGAAAAACCAGUUGGCUUGCUAAAUGUUGAUGGAUACUACAAUUCGUUACUCGCUCUAUUCGACGACGGCGUGAAGGAAGGUUUUAUAAAGCCCGCAUGUAGGGAUAUAGUUGUUUCUGCUCCAACUGCAACAGAACUGCUAGUGAAGAUGGAGCAAUACACACCAUCUCACCAAGAGGUUGCCCCGCGAAAGAGCUGGGAGAUUUCGCAACUAGGCUAUUCGAAAGCACCGAGUCCGACUUAAUUGGUUCCUUGCACACCAUAUCUCUGAUUCUUCUUCUUUUGGCAAUUUGUGUCUCAGAGGUGCUUCCAUUGGCCUUGACUGUUUAGAAUAGUUUUCUAUCUUACAAUUGAUAUCCUAAUAAAAUUGUCGGUGCUUGUUUUGUGAUGAACUGCGAAUUAAGAAUCUCUGUCCUUUUGCCAAUAAUUAAAGGUCGGAGCUUAGUGUGAUUGAA